CCUUUGUCUGCAACAUGGAUAAAUACGACGACCUGGGCCUGGAGGCCAGUAAAUUCAUUGAGGACCUGAACAUGUACGAGGCCUCCAAGGAUGGACUCUUCCGAGUGGACAAGGGUGCAGGCAACAACCCGGAGUUUGAGGAAACACGCAGGGUGUUUGCCACCAAGAUGGCCAAAAUCCACCUCCAGCAGCAGCAACAGCUCCUGCAGGAGGAGACCCUGCCCAGGGGGAGCCGAGGUCCCGUUAACGGUGGGGGCCGUCUGGGUGCACAGGCCCACGGGGAAGCUGGUGCUGGCAGCAAGCUGAUGGGGGACGGUGCUGCCAAGCCCCCUCUCGCUGCCUCAACAGUGGUUCCUGGGACAGCCACUACCAUCGCGUCUGGGCAGCCCUUGUACCCACCCCAGGAUCAGAGGGCCAGGCUGUAUGUCCGAGGCUCGAAGGAAGGCAGCCAGGACUGUGGAUCCAAGGAGCGCACAGCCAGUUCUGAGCUGUCAGCUUUCCAUCGGCCGGGACCCUGCGAGGAUCCUUCCUGCCUCACCCAUGGAGACUAUUAUGACAACCUCUCCUUAGCAAGCCCCAGGUGGGGCGACCAACAAGGAGUAUCCCCUGGCAUCAAGCUGGGUGUAGGAAGUGGGUGGUCUGGCACCCCAGGGAGUGACCCACCACUGUCCAAACCCUCCAGGGAUCAUCACCUGUACCAGCCGCAGCUUUCCCCAAGCUCCAGCAGGUCAUUUCAGAGCGGCCAGGAUGGUGGUGGUGUUGGUGGCCGUAGCAGUGAGAAGCCAGCAGGUCUUUGGACUACAGCCACUUCCCAGCGAGUGAGCACUGGCCUGCCUUCCCCAGGCCCAGAGAACGGGGCCCUCCUGGGGCCUGCUCAGCCCAGGACCCCUUCUUUCUCAGCGCCUCUGGCCCCGAGCCGCCCCAGUCAAGGAACUCUUCCAAGAACAAACUCGGGGGUUGGGAGUGAGGCUUCAGGCAUGAUGCCCAAACCCACAGUGGACCCUCAACCCUGGUUCCAGGAUGGGCCCAAAUCUUACCUCUCCAGUUCUGUCCCAUCAUCCUCACCAGCCAGCAUGGACAACAUACAGCCGGGUGCAGCCCCUGGGCUGGGUCCCAAGCCAGGCUGCACAGACCCUGGCAUUGGUCCCAAGCUUAGCCCCACCAGCCUCGUCCAUCCAGUGAUGUCCACCCUGCCUGAGUUAUCUUGUAAAGAAGGUCCCCCUGGCUGGUCUCCUGAUGGCAGCCUGGGGGCUGUGCUCCCAGAAAACCCCAGUCCUCCCAGGGUGAGGCUGCCCUGCCAGACCCUCAUCCCAGGCCCUGAGCUUGGGCCCACUGCUGCCGAAUUGAAAUUAGAAGCCCUCACCCAACGUCUGGAGCGUGAGAUGGAUGCUCACCCGAAGGCCGAUUACUUUGGAGCCUGUGUGAAAUGCAGCAAGGGGGUGUUCGGGGCCGGCCAGGCCUGCCAGGCCAUGGGGAACCUCUACCACGACGCGUGCUUCACCUGCGCAGCCUGCAGCCGGAAGCUGAGAGGAAAAGCCUUCUAUUUUGUGAACGGCAAAGUGUUUUGUGAGGAAGACUUCCUGUACUCUGGUUUCCAGCAGUCUGCUGACAGGUGUUUUCUUUGUGGUCAUCUGAUCAUGGACAUGAUCCUGCAGGCCCUGGGGAAGUCCUACCACCCUGGCUGUUUCCGCUGUGUCAUUUGUAAUGAGUGUCUGGACGGAGUGCCCUUCACCGUGGACUCAGAGAACAAGAUCUACUGUGUCCGGGACUACCACAAGGUGUUAGCCCCCAAGUGUGCAGCCUGUGGCCUCCCCAUCCUUCCACCUGAGGGCUCAGAUGAGACCAUCCGUGUUGUGUCCAUGGACAGAGACUACCACGUGGAGUGUUACCACUGCGAGGACUGCGGUCUAGAGCUCAGUGAUGAAGACGGUCACCGCUGCUACCCCCUGGAGGACCACCUGUUCUGUCACUCCUGCCAUGUGAAGAGGCUGGAGAAGGGCCCCUCGGCCGCAGCCCUGCAUCAGCACCGCUUCUAGCCAGAGCCUCCUGCAGACCUCACGGCGGGGAUGAGAAGCCAGGGUUGCACAAUGACAAGUCCGCCGGUUAAUUCCGUGGCCCCUGGGGUGGGAUUGGGGUCAGGGGAGUGGAGGAGGGAGCAGGUGAUUUCCUGAGUGUGUGCCUGGGGGGUGCCUUUCCUUUCAUCAGGGAAGGGAUCGCUGCCCAUCUGGUAUUGUAUGUUUUCCAAGUGCCUUUCUCCGCUGCCACGCCUUCCUCAGAUUACUCAGGAAGAUGCUCCAGCAAGUGCAUGGCAUGUGACAGGAGAUCUCAGUAGUGUGCCUGAGUGAACCCCUGGUCCCCUCUGGGAAUAGUUCACACUUCAGAGGGAAAGGUUUGCACUGACUUCAUCUGAAGGAAGAUUUCAGCUGCCAAUACGUUCAAUCCUUUCCCUUUGCUUUGGAAAAUACUUGCACCCAGACACCCCCUGCCAACACCCCCCUCCGACACACAAACACACAUAAUUUAGGACUUCCCUCCACUCCAGAGCUUCAGUUCUUCCAUAGAAUGGCUGCACAUUUUAACUGCAUUAUUGCAAGAGGCAAGCUCUGACGUGUGCUUUGUAUCUUAGGAGGAAUUUACUUGGUAAACCAGAGCCGAGUUUGGAAAUAAGGGAGAUGGGGUUUCCUGCUUGUACCCUGACAGCAUUCUGUGGGCCCCUGCAAAUCUCACUCCUUAAAGGCAGCUGGGGGCCCGACAGAGGUUGGUCCUAUUCUAGCAAAGUGUCCUGUGGGACGAGAACUUGGUGCAGGCACCAGGCCUCUUUCGCCCGCCUGUUUCUGAUUUCUCCCUCUGGAGCCCUCGGGAGUCUGGGACUUUGGAGCUGCUCCUGCAAAGACAGCUCUUGGGAUCUCCCGUGGGCCUUCUCUUGUGCCUGUUUUCACUUAUUUACCAGUGGGCUCUUUGGAAGCCUGCCCACGUCCUGAGACCUAGCCCCGUAAAAAUGAGGAGAGUUUUUGUGUGUGAGAUCUCAGAGCCAGCAUGGGAGAGAGUGCCUCAUGAUAAGUUAUUAUACUCAUUUCACAGGCUCCUCUCUUGCCCAAUUCUUGGCACAGGCAUUACGUUUGAAGAAACCAGUAUAAGGUACACUGCUUUUGUCUGUUUUUUCCUUUUCUUUUCUUUUUUCUUUUUAAAUUAUUUCCCACUACUUUCAGUCUUCCACACACACAAAAUACCUCACAGAAAAGAGUUUCAGACUAAGGAGGAAUUCGGCCAUCAUGCUGGACUCCCCCCAGUGUGUGUAAGGAAUCUCUGGUUUCACCCAGGCCAGAGUCCAGUGGGUCAGGGCACUGUAAUCUUAACUAAAGGUCAUCUUGGAAUAGAUCAGAUUGAAAUUAGGUGCGUGGUGCAGUCAUCAAGCUGGCUUCCCCAGGGGGCAAGGGCUAAGGGAGGGCCACACACUGGCCAGAUUUCAAGGCCACCUCUGUACUGAAGAGGCGAAAUUUGUCCUGUGUGUCACACUCCUGAGGCCGGAGGUCAGUACCCCUUGGAAUUUCAAUGAGAAGAAAGUGUUUAAAAAAAAAAAAAAAAGAUUGUCUGGCAUUUGCCCUCUCGGACCAUGAGGAGGGCCCCCGGGCCUUGUCGCAGGAGGGCAGGCAGGGCCGUCUCACCACUGCCAGGUGGGCUGGGAGCACCUGCCCUCACUGCCUCACCUCACACACGGAGUGAGGGGACUGGAUGGCUGGGCCUCCAAGGGCGGUCAGUGGAACCCAAAGGCACAAGGAACUAGCAGACUAUUCCUUGGGCCCAGCUCCAAUUCUAGGCCCAGUUUGGACUCAUUUAGUAGCAGUUGCCUUUAAGAAGCACAGAACGGUCACCGUGAAUUGUCUUUUCCAUUACUAUUAAAUGCGUUCUGUUGGCAUCCUUUGGCCAGAUGUCACGUCAGCCCAGGCUUUCACUGGUUCCUUUUCACAGGCUGAGCCUCCCAGAAAUCCAUGAGCACAUGGGGCUAGGGAGGUGAGCUCUGGGAUCGCACCCAGCAAGUCACCCAGCUCAGCCUUAGCAAGGCGGGUGAGCAGAUGGAGCCAGCCAGUAUGUCUCAGCCUGUCUCUGCCGAGCUAGGCUGGCUGACACACCUUUCUUUGCUCCACUUUCAAGUCCAGCAGAGCAAACAUUGCCCUGGAGCCACAUCAGAAGUAGCAGGGAUUUGUUUGCAAAUUGGGUAACAGUUGCCCCUUGAACAGCACGGGUUUGAACUGCAUGGGUCCACGGAUAUGUGGAUAUUUUUCAGUGGUAGAUACUACAGUACUGCACGGUCCAUGGUUGGUUGAACCCUCAGGUGCCGGGAACCGUGGUUAUGGGCAGCCGACUAUAGUUUAUAUGAGGAUUAACCUCCAAGUUGUUCAAGGGUCAACCGUAGUUUAAAAAUCUGUGAUUCAUUUUUUAAAUGAAAAUUUUCAAGUGGCCUGGGUUGAAGCAAUCCCAUAUCUCAGCGAACACUUUAUACCAUUGAGAAGAACAAUUAAGAGAAUCUCUGGACACCCUAGAAAUCCCAGCAGCGACUUCUCUAAUGACCAGGCUCCGUGGAGAGGGUGUUGGGUAGGAAUCUCGCACCAGUUUUGUCUCCUUCUCAGGCACUUGCACAGAAGCCAUGAGUGGGUGCCCACUUAGGGUAUUUUAAACUUCCUAUAAAUUAUUAGCCAAGUAGAGCUGUAAUGGGGUUGUAUUCAUAGGCAUGUAGAAGGAAUGCACAAGCACUCUGUAGACCAGGAUGAGUAAGUUUGUUUUAAAAGGUAGAGCAAAUAGCCCUGUCCUGAGUUCCCUAGACAACUCUUGGACUUUAGAUAAACAAGGAGAAUUAUGGCCUGAUUCCAGACCCCAAAGCCAGCCUCCAGCCUUCUCCCUUGCCUCACUUUUCCUGUUAGUUUUUCUUGGCCCCUCCUCCCCCUCACCGCCAGGGUCAUUCAAAAUCUGCAUGGGUGAUCUGAGAAAAGCCAAUAAUCCCGUUUGACCAGUUAUAUCAGGAUCCUCUCUCUCAGAUGUUAUCCCCCCAUCUGUAGCUGAGUAAAGAGUGAUUUGUUUGUUCAUUUUUCAUGCCAAAGGGCACUGAGUCCCAUUGGGUCACUGCCUGCAUGUGGCGGCAGGGCUUUGCAUUUCUCCGUGUUUAGUGCUUUCAAGAAAACCUUUUGGCUGAGCCCACUGCGGUUGUGCCACUGAGUCCCGGGUCCCCGGUACUAUAAUCAAGGAGUUCUGAUCGUUUUCGCGUGCCACCAUCACCUUGUUUCCGCGGGCUUGAGUCAUGCGAGAUGAGAAACAGAAAUGUUAGAAUUUGAGAGAAUUAUCUGCAAUUCACGCUCCUUUGCAGUCUGUUCCUGUGUACCAUUCCCCACGUGUGUGGAAGCAUGAGAGCUGGGAUGGUCCCCUGACAACCUUGCAAAGAGUAUGUAUAGGACUUGACCCCAAACCAUUGUAGCUUGACGCACUUGUUAAAACCGUCGGCCAGGAAACCAAAUUCUUUCUAUUCUCCUAGGUGCCAGGAAUAAGUCCUGAUUUCCCAGUUCCUAUUUGAAACGACUUUUAAAAGCAAUAGGAAAAAAAAAAGAGGAAGAUAUGUUAGCUAUCUGUUGUUCUGAGCCAGAACUGGACG